AUGCCAAGUGAGAUGCUUGAGAGCAGCAGUGGGAUGGAGGAGACCAUGCAGAAAGAGAGCAAGUCUGGAAGCCAGAGCCCUCGCCAUGGCACCAUGAGAAGGGCUGUGGCAACCACUGUCACCUUUGAUGGGGAAGCCACUAUGGACCGGAGGAAAAAAAAGAAGAAAGAGUCUCGUCCCGAGUCAAUAAUAGUGUAUCGAUCGGAGAAUGAGAAUAAGGUAGAAGAAGAACAGGUGGAUGAAGAAGGAGGGGAGAGGACCUCUGAGGAAGGCUCCAAGUUCCUGGGUCAGUCCAUGGCAGAUGGUGUCUGGAACAUACCUUUAGACAGCCGCUAUGUCACAUUGACUGGAACAAUCACCAGGGGAAAGAAGAAGGGUCAGAUGGUGGACAUCCAUGUCACAUUAACGGACAAAGAGCUGCAGGAACUGGCUAAGUCAAAGGAACCUCCUAAAGAGGAUGUACCUGAGAAGAAGAAGAAAUGUGAUGUUGGGCUGGACAGAGGACCCCACAUCGUCCUCUGGACCAUCAUCUGCCUCCCCAUCAUUUUUGUACUGUCCUUUGUGGUUUCAUUCUACUAUGGAACCAUUACAUGGUACAACAUCUUCUUGGUGUACAAUGAAGAGAGGACCUUCUGGCACAAAAUCACCUUUUGUCCCUUUCUGAUCAUCUUCUACCCAAUUAUAAUUAUGGUUGUGUCUUUUUCCCUAGGCCUGUACUCGGCUGUGGCCCAGGUAGCAUGGUCCUUUGGGUACUGGUGGCAUGCUGUCAGGGAUAUGGAGAAGGGCUUCUGUGGCUGGCUCUGCAGCAAGCUGGGUUUGGAAGAUUGUUCUCCAUACAGCAUUGUCGAGCUGCUAGAUUCUGACAACAUCUCAGGUAGUCUCUCUGGCAAGAGCUCUGCGCAGGGGGUUGAGACCUCAGCAGUCUGAGCCUUUGUCCUGGCUGACUAUUUUGGUCAUAUGUGAGUGGUUUUUCACCUAGAAAAAAACACACUGAUUUUUUUAAUAUAUCUAUAUAUAUAUAUAUUUAAACACAAAGUUAAUGAAUAAAAUAUUGGGCUGGGAGUGCUCUUUAAAUGUCACAGAAUGCAAGUGUGCUAGCUUCACGUGGUCUGGGUGGGGAGGUGCAUGGCUCUCCAAGGAUUUAUCAUGUUUUAGCUAAUUACAACUUCUGGGAAUAGUGAGAAAAUCCAGGUCUGUGGGGCUCAGGCUGUUUGUGAAGUGGCAGAGAUACAUGCUGAAAAGUCCACUUCUGUAAAGUU